AUGCUGCUGCUGCGCUCCAUUACGUGCAGUCGCUGUUACUGCCCUCGAUCAGCGCCUGCAGCAAGCACAACCGCAACAAUACCACCACCAGCAGCAGCAACAGCAGCAUCAGCAGCAGCAGCAACAACAGGAUGCUCCGCCCAUCCCAGCGCCACCGUGUCUUCAUCUGAGUGUCAUCGGCAGGAGCAGCAGCAACAUCAGCAGCUGCAGCAGCACUAUCAACGCCAGCUGCAGCAGCAACUGCAGCAACAACUGCAGCAGCAACUGCAGCAGCAGCUGCAACAGCAGCAGGGUGUACUGUAUCAACCAUUUGCUGCUGCAGCACGUCGUUUGCUGCGGCACAGAGUGACUCCUUCAUCAGCGGCAGAAGCAUCUAUCCCUGCAAUGUCUAAGCAUUGGCCUCAUCUGUUGCUAUAUGCUGCUCCCCUUCCUGCAGGUGCAGCAGCAGCAGCAGCAGCAGAAGCCGACAGCAACAACAGCAACAGCAGCAGCACCAAUGGCAGCAGCAGCAGCAACAACAGGAAGGAUCAGCCUCUAGAGGUAUUAGCAGAAGCAGAAGAUUUGCUGCUGCAGCGCGGCUACUGGUGCGGCAGACCCCUAGCAGAUACACCAGCAGCAAGACUGCAGCAGCAAAAUAAAUCUGCAUGCAAAGAUUUAAUUCAUCUUCUUAUGAUGCAAGAAGUUAAACAUCUACAAAAAAAAAGAAACUUUAAAGAGCUGUGCAGCUUGAAGCCGCGCAAUGCGCUUGAGUUGAAGAAGUUCGUACUACGUAGCGCAAACAGUGAUGCUGCUGCUUAUGUUGAUUCUCCUCCUCCUCCUCCAACUCUUGACUAUCGUUAUAAAUGGAAAUAUAAUGUUAGGGGGAAAUAUGAAAGAAAAAGAGGAAAGCAUAAACCUGGUGUCCGUUCUGUGGAGCAUCGUAUCCGUACUCGGGUAUCGCGUAUACUACAUCGUUAUAUGCGCAGCAGAUUAGCAGCAAAUUUACCUCCUUAUGUUUAUGGUGGUCCUUAUUAUAGAUAUAAAUAUAAAAGAAUAAAAGAAGUUAAAGGAGAAUAUUAUAGAAGACAACUUAUUUAUUCAUUUGAUGAAAUGCGGCGGCGGCAAGAGCGUCUAAGGAAACGGAGGGAGAAAUACAAAUUUGGGGUGUAUAAGCUUCGGCCGCGGCGUGCAACUGCUCUAGAUGUUCUCCCGCCAGACCAUCCUCUACACCCAUCUUUCGAUCCGCCUUUAUCUUAG